CAUCUGCGUCGCUUGCGACGGCUUCCCAGCUCCUCUCGCUCCCUCUCGACGGUACACCUCGAUCACCAUGGCUUCCGGGCGCAAGGACUUUCUAAGCCAGCAGGCGCCCGAGAAUUAUGUCGCCGGUCUUGGUCGAGGUGCGACUGGUUUUACCACCCGUUCAGAUCUCGGACCCGCGCGAGAAGGCCCCACGCCAGAACAGAUUCAGGCCGCACUUGCAAAGCGCGCCCAGCUUCUUGGAGCGGCACCUCCCACAGCUUACGGCGCAGGGCGUGAGAAGGGCGGCAAGGAUGAAAAAGCAGACGAGGAGGAGGAUGACGAGCGGUUCCAGGACCCCGACAAUGAAGUCGGGCUGUUCGCAUACGGACAGUUCGACCAAGAAGAUGACGAAGCAGACCGCAUUUAUAGAGAGGUGGAUGAAAAAAUGGACAAACGCCGCAAGAUGAGAAGGGAAGCUCGCGAGCGGCAAGAACGAGAAGAUUACGAGCGCAAAAACCCCAAGAUCCAGCAGCAAUUCGCCGACUUGAAACGAUCCUUGGCCUCGGUCUCCGAGGAUGACUGGGCUAACCUCCCGGAGGUGGGAGACCUUACAGGCAAGAACCGACGGGCGAAGCAGAACCUCCGGCAGCGAUUCUACGCAGUCCCGGACAGCGUGAUUGCUAGCGCAAGAGAUUCCACCCAGUUUGAAACCACCAUUGCAGAUGACGGUACCCAGACCGCAGUCGACGGAGCGGAGGGGGCGGAUGGGACAAUCACCAACUUUGCUGACAUCAGUGCUGCCCGUGAUAAGGUUCUCAAAGUUCGGCUGGACCAGGCGGCGAUGGGAUCGUCCGGGGAUUCGGCGUCCGGGAGCGCUACCAACAUUGAUCCCAAGGGGUAUCUUACGAGCCUAACGCAAUCAGAGCUUAAGGCUGGAGAAGUAGAGAUUGGAGACAUCAAGCGCGUUCGGGUUCUGUUGGAGUCGGUGACGAAAACGAAUCCAAAACACGCUCCUGGGUGGAUUGCGCUGGCGCGUUUAGAAGAAUUAGCCGGUAAAAUUGUGACCGCCAGGAAUGUAAUCGCCAAGGGUUGCGAGCUGUGUCCGAAGAGUGAAGACGCCUGGCUCGAAAACAUCCGGCUGAACGAGGGCCACAAUGCCAAGGUUAUCGCCGCCAAUGCCAUCAAGAACAACGAUCGGUCUACGAGGCUCUGGAUUGAAGCGAUGAGGUUAGAGUCGGAACCUCGAGCAAAGAAAAAUGUCCUUAGACAGGCCAUUCUUCAUAUCCCUCAGUCUGUCACCAUCUGGAAAGAAGCCGUCAACUUGGAGGAUGACCCUGCAGAUGCACGCCUGCUCCUGGCAAAGGCGGUCGAGAUGAUCCCCUUGUCCGUCGAGCUCUGGUUGGCUCUGGCGCGCCUAGAGUCUCCUGAGAACGCCCAGAAGGUUCUUAAUGCCGCCCGCAAAGCGGUUCCCACCAGUCAUGAAAUCUGGGUUGCAGCUGCACGACUCCAAGAGCAGAUGGGUACCUUCGAGAAGGUCAAUGUGAUGAAGAGAGCCGUCCAAUCCCUCGCGCGUGAGAAUGCUAUGCUCAAGAGGGAGGAGUGGAUAGCAGAGGCAGAAAAGUGCGAAGAAGAGGGUGCUAUCCUCACUUGCGGUGCAAUCAUUCGCGAGACUCUGGGAUGGGGCUUGGACGAGGAUGAUGACCGCAAGGAUAUAUGGAUGGACGAUGCGAAGGCCAGCAUUGCGAGAGGCAAGUAUGAGACCGCGAGAGCGAUCUACGCCUACGCGCUGCGCGUUUUCGUUAACCGUCGGUCAAUCUGGCUCGCGGCAGCUGAGCUGGAGCGUAACCACGGGGGCAAAGAAGCGCUGUGGCAAGUCCUCGAAAAGGCCGUGGAAGCUUGCCCGCAAAGUGAAGAGCUUUGGUUGCAGCUCGCAAAGGAAAAGUGGCAGUCCGGGGAGAUCGAUGAUGCUCGGAGAGUGCUCGGUCGUGCCUUCAACCAGAACCCCAACAACGAGGAUAUUUGGCUGGCUGCCGUCAAGCUGGAGGCCGAUGCGGACCAGACGGACCAGGCCCGAGAACUUCUCGCAACUGCUCGGCGCGAAGCGGGCACCGAUCGGGUGUGGAUCAAGAGCGUUGCGUUCGAGCGACAACUCGGCAACACUGACGAGGCGCUCGACCUGGUCAACCAAGGACUUCAGCUCUAUCCCAAGGCCGAUAAGCUCUGGAUGAUGAAGGGGCAAAUCUACGAGAUCCAAAACAAGUACCCACAGGCUCGGGAAGCCUACGGAACUGGAACCAGAGCUUGCACCAAAUCCGUCCCGCUCUGGCUCCUGGCCUCGAGGUUGGAAGAAAAGGCCGGCGCUGUCGUCAAAGCUCGCUCCGUGCUUGACCGAGCUCGGCUCGCGGUGCCCAAGAGCCCGGAACUGUGGACCGAAAGUGUGCGCGUGGAACGCCGGGCGAACAACAUUGCCCAGGCCAAGGUCCUGAUGGCCCGGGCUCUGCAAGAAGUUCCCACGUCCGGGUUGUUAUGGAGUGAAAGCAUUUGGCACCUGGAGCCACGAGCGCAACGGAAGGCUCGCAGCUUGGAAGCGAUCAAGAAGGCCGACAACGAUCCCGUGCUCUUCAUCACCGUCGCUCGUAUCUUCUGGGGCGAGCGCCGAUUGGAAAAAGCACUUACUUGGUUCGAGAAGGCCAUUGUCUCGAACAGCGAUUUGGGCGACGGCUGGGCUUGGUACUACAAGUUCUUGUUGCAGCAUGGCACCGAAGAAAAACGUGCGGAUGUGGUGGCCAAGUGCAUUGCGACCGAGCCCAAACACGGCGAGAUCUGGCAAUCCGUCGCUAAAGACCCCGCCAACGCGCGCAAGUCGACCGAAGAGAUACUCAAGAUGGUUGCCGACCGUCUGACCUGAUGGAGACGAGGGAUCCUGGCACCCUUUCGACAUCACGUACUUACGAUAUCCGGUCUCGAGAGACCGGGGGUUGGCGUUCGGGCGAAGUAGAGGGAGGUUGGUUGCAUUAUACCACCAGCAACCAGAAUGCAUACAGUUUAAUUGGCCUUCACCUUGGCCUUGGCAUGAAGCGGGUCACAGAUUACCAUUGGAAUUGAUCCUGCAAGAACAGAGGAUCGAUCCUCUGUCUCAGGAUGUCUCUCUAUCAGGAUCCGCCCGUGAAACGGUCCACCAAGGAUAUGCCCAGAAUGGAAAAAUAAUGUACAGUACAUAGCGUAUCAUAGCACAACGAGAAUCCCAUCGUCUCCGACCAAAACGAGCC